AUGACAGCAAUGCUAGUUGCUACUGUGAUUAUCUAUACUGGAUUUCUUCUCAUUUGCCCUGUAAAUGCUCUUGAAAGUGAGAUGGACAGGCAUCAAAAUAUCUCAUUGGAGAUGCUUCUGAAGCUGGUCAGAGUAUUUGGGUCAGUAAUAUAUUCUUCUAUAUCAGCACCUUCAUCCGUAGGAGUGGAUAUUGAGGCAGAGCAAAGGUUGGAACGCUGCAAUACAUGCUUUGUUGAGCUUGAAAAGGUUAAGCGUUGCUUGCCUGUACUUUGCAGAAGAGGUGGUUCAAUUGCCAAGUCGGCACACGAGUUAAAUCUAGCACUUCAAGAAGUUUAG